CUCCACUACAGUAGGUGGCGGUAAUGUAACGAUGGUCGGGUAACUGGCCGCUAUUAAAUAUUACCGAAGAAGAAGAGGACGCAUCACGCUUUGACAGCGGCACAGCUUUCAGAUAUUCGAAGUCAACAUGGAGUCGCGCUUGAAGGUCUUAAGAGUUUUUAAGGCCCUCCACAAAACGAGAAUGGAUGUGUUCAGAGACGAUAUUCGUGCUUUGACAGCUGCAAGACAGAAAAUAAACGAAGAAUUUAGAAAAAACAAAGAAGAAACUUCAGACGAAAAAAUAAAUCAGAUGAUCAAAAUGGCGUCAGAUGUUGACAUUGUUCUUCGCAAGACAGUAAUACAGGGAGUUCAUGUGGACGACAAUAAGAUUUUGCUUCGGCCCAGAGAAGAGUUGCUCCUGGAAAAUACACCCUAUCUUGACGACCCCAAGAAGACCUGAUUUUUAAAGGUGCUUCCUGUAGAAUCUGUGUUUUGGAAGAGGAGGGGGGGGGGGAAGGGAGUCAUGCGGCUUCCAUUCUAAUUUAUUCUUUUGGGACAGUGACUACAGAGGAACGGACCUCUCUGCACUUGGAUGAGUCAUGUUAUUUUCUUCCCUCGUUACUAUGUAAACUGCUUUUCCAACCAAUCAAGCCUGUUGUUUGAAAGAAGAAGAAACGCUGCUUUAUUCUUUCUUUUUUUAUACCAAAUUUGUCAGAUUUAGCUUGUUGUAAUUAUUAUUGUUUUUAUUAUUAUUAUUAUUAUUAUUAUUAUUAAUAUACAUUUUGUUUGCUUUAAUUUGCAGAGUAAACUUGAAUAAAUGUCUGUGGUACACAUAAAA